AUGCAGACACGAAUGAGCAGCUUCAGGAGGGACGCGAUCACAAAAGAGCUCUUCCUGCUCCUUCUCUUCGCAGGAUUCGUCAUGGUGGCGAACUCUGAAUGCAGCAGAGGAAGCAUGGGCGUCCUGGUGGAAAGUCUCUACUCUGGCGAGUUCGGCCAGUCGGCAAAAGGUGGAGGAUACGGCAGACCCCCCACCCUCGUUGCGACGUCUAGGGCGCUGUUCUUGGCAAGCCUGUAUGGCCUCCUGCCGCGCAUAAACCAAGAGAAGGCGGCUGAGUUCGUGAUGGCGGCCACUGGUUGGAACCAGCGCAGUGCUGGGCACGAGGAAACAGACGAGGGGGCAAGACCAGUCGCAGGAAGCCUUGAAAAGGUAGAGGAUUUCUAUGCUGCCAUCCUCUGCUUUCAGUACCUUAACAUCCCCUUGCCCGAGCUGGCUGAGUUGUCCUCGUACUUUCGAAGCAUGUGGGAUGAGAAGAGCAGCCUCUUCGGGCCCUCGCCGGGACAGCCAGGGGACGUAAAGUCUUCUGCGCUGCUCAUGUUGGCUGCCGAGCAGUUCGGGAAGCUGCAUGACCUGCAAGCUGAAGCAUCGAGAAUCCGGCAGAUGCUCAACAACUCCAUGGACGCUUCAGGCUCCUGGUUCAGCCUUCCCAAGGAGCAUGUGGGAGGGUCAAACGUGAUCACAGCCAACUACUAUGCCGUCCUGCUAGCAAGGAAGUGUGCGUUCGAGUUUCAGAACGCAACUGCCAUGGCCAACGCUAUCGUGAGUUUCCAGCAGCUGGACAAGUCGUUGCCCAAGUACGGAGGGUUCUACGGCGACCCGUCCAAGAGUUUCAUCUCGCUGGAGACAACGGUCUACGGGGUUGCGACCCUUCAAUUGCUCUCCAUGCAGUCUGCUCAGCAUCAGAGCGGCUCGCAGACAAAUCAGACUUCAGACGGCAACUCCUCCGAUUACUCCGAACGAGCAAGUAGAGACGUGGGUGCUAUCUUGGCCAGGAGUUUGGACCUCAACGCACUCGUCUGCUUUCUGGGCAAGGCACCCACGGACCUCAAGAGCGCCUUCUUGGUUCACCUGGCCCUCUCUUCAGUCCCUUCCCUCCUCCUUCACUCCUUUCAGACCGCCAUCUCUUACGAGUUCGAGUGCUCUGACAAGCAGCUGCAGCAGACGCUGACUGGGAAUGUCCUCCAGGCUGACGCGCUGUCGGCUUGCCCCUUGUCAGAGAUGAUGUGGUCAGUACGGGCAGGGAGCAAUCAGAUCGUUCAAGGGACUUCCAUCCGCCCGGAGUUGGCUGUCUCCACCUUCCGCGGGCUGCCUCACAGUGGGCUGCAAGUGAGAUUGAGUGCUUCAUACUUCGGUGGACACAAGGGGGCGACGCAAGUCAAGCUGCUCCAAGACGUUGACAUGCCAUGGAAUGUUGAAACUCAGAGCUACAUCGCAAGUGAACUCGUGCAAACAUCGGAUUUUGUGGGAAAGUUGAAGAUAGAAAUCACGGCAAAAAGCGAAGUUCCUGGCUUGGGUCAAAUUUCAUUCAGCGUAGAAGACACGAAACUUAUCGGGUAUGGCCUCAGCAUCUCCUCGCAAGCAAUGGCAGACGGAAAACAAGUUCCGGUCGGUGGAGAUGUGAAGUUAGGGAGCAACUUCAGCGUCGGGCUGGUGAUGUUCAAUGCAAUCAACGGCAACUUCCUGCAAGGGAACUUUCUCAUUAAGUUUCGCGUGCUCGAUGCCUCCCUUCUCACCAUGGGCAUCCAGUGGUUGAACGGAACCAAGAACGAGGAUCCGAUCCGAUUCAACUACUCCUUGAGCAGCGAGGCUCUGCUUCCCUCUGGGAGGCUCCACUUUAUCAUUGAGAUCGUCGACCCUGAGAGCGGCCAGGUCCAUACCAACACUAUGCUGUGGUACAACCUGAAGCAGCAGAUGGUGGCAAGCAACAUCACAAUCGACAAGAGGAACGCGUCUCUGGGCGACACAGUCACCGUCGAGAUGAUCCCAGGGAUCAUGACAGAAGAUAAUCACUUCCGUCCGUUCACUUCCCGAACAGCAAAGCACAGGAAGUUUGUCAUGGAGCUCAUCUCUCCAACUGAAGAUGUUGGGCGCCGCAUCGAAGGCGUGCUGUCCUCAGGAGAAAACAUCUCCAAGUACACCUUUGUCCGUAAGGUUGAAACCAACCUCAGGUCGCUGGGGGAGUACAGUGUGACCUUCCGAUUUCUCUCGGCCCAUCAUGCCGGCACUCCGCAGAUGCUGAGGAAUUUUUGUGGCUCUGCAGCAGCCGAUGAAAACAUGUCGGAGGCGAUCUGCGAGCAUUUGAAGUUCAACGUGUCGGCCAACCUGCGGGUUGAGAUGAUCAAGAGCAACCCUGUUGCCGGGGGCACCAUCACCUUCGGAUCGGAGCUUCUGUUCGCCUUCAAAGUGAUCGAGACUUCCACUCAGGUUGAGGUGCAGGCGAGUGGUGAAGACGCAGCUCGGGUGCUUCUGUACAUCUUUGACUUCUCCGGGGAAAUCUGCCAGCAUCGCAUCAUUGCAGGCUCGAGCAGCGUUGAGCGAGAACGAGUCCCCUUGCCUGCUACCAACGCUUCGGAGGAACACUCGGCAAACUUGAACUCGUCGGGAGUGCAACGAAGCAACGGAGAGUUCGUCGUGCGAUGGACUGUGGGGCCCAACACGGUGUUCGGGAAGCUGAUCCUGAGACUCAAGAUGCAGGUGGUGGAUGGAGUUGAUCAAGACCUGUUGAGCGCGGAGACUGAAGAAGCUUGGAAGUACGAGGUUCAUGUCGGGGGGGAAGUGCAUGGAACGAUCCUCUCUGUCUACACUAGGCAGAUCAUAUCCACCCUCGAUCCGAUCUCUGACAACCUGCAGUGCAGUCAGCUCACCCUGAGCCUGCAACAAGAUGCGUUUAUGUACGCGAUCAGGCUUUACUUGUCGUACUUGGGUGUUGAGUUCAAAUACGCUCAGAGUAUUCAGGAUCACUCCAACAAAUUCUUGGCUCGCAUGUCUCCAAUUAAUGUACCGAUCAUCGAAAGCAUUCGCGUGCAAGUCGCAAACAUGCCAGCGAAUGCUUCGACUCUGUUGAGUUUUUUCAAGUCGAGCUCUUCGCCAGUCGUAGUGGAUUGGGUUUUACAUCGAGGCAGCCUGCUAGCUGCAUCUCUGCAGGAAGCUUUUUGCCGGCUACUACAACGUAUCCAGAUCUGGUGGAAGACCUUCAAAGAGCGUGUGGCCAGCGAGCGAUGGGCGUUGUUUGUCAUCAACUUUCACCUGGAAAGUGAAGGAAAGAAUUUCACUGGUGCCACAUUACUCGCAGAUUUGAAGCAGUACCGUCCUACUUUGCAAGCACAAUGGAAGGGGAUACAGGAUUUUUCGGAAAUCCCUGUGUUGUAUGAGAAUGAUGGGAGGUAUCAGGUCAGCUUCUCACUCCCCAUCGAAGUCGUCCGGAACGGACACUAUCGCAUCAACAUCCGUCGGCUUGUGGACCUGCAGGCCGAGACGUUGCAGCUUGAAAGAGUGAGAAAGAAAAAGGAUGACGCUGACCUCCUGGCCCUCCGCCGCGGCCUGCCAGUCAUCGAGACGGACACCCGGCAGUCAGACCGGCCCAACGAUCACGAGCAGGUGGAUGACAAGGUCAACCCGAUCUUUCACAUCGACGUCGUGUACGAAGAAAGUUCGAUCUUCUACACGUUAUUGACCAAAAGCCAGCGGCUGCAUUUGGGUAUACUGUGUUUCAUCUCGAUCUACGUUCUCUGCUCCCUCCUCCUCCUCCGAGCCAUCAUGUCGAUAUUGAGCAUCGCUUCCUUCAAAGGCUCUCCUAAAACCAGCCACAAGGUUGGAAAGCACAAGAAGAAGAACAGGGCGCGGAGAACUCUGAGCCCUCAAAACGAGAUGAUCACGGGACCUGCUCCAAUUGCAAACAAUGAAGAAGAUCUGCCCUCUUCAAAUAUGGAGGCGGGUUCUGAAGAGAUGGACUUGAGUUUGCAAGGAGUCCAAGGUGAAGAUUUCUUUUAUGCAAGCAACAUGUAA